AUGACCUCCGCCUCCUCUUGGCCACCAUCCUCUGGACUCACCACUGUUGUCGUCCCACGCACAGAUGCCGUGUUCCACAUCUCCUCGUCUACCACCAUCGCCGCGCCCGCCUCGCUCGUAUUCGACAUAGUCCUCCAUACCGACGAAUACAAGGAGUGGAAUCAGUUUGUGCCAAGUGCACGUAUCGCGAAGCAAGAGGCAGCAGAUGGCCGUGAUGCGAAUCAUCCCAGCCACAUGCACUCCAACUGUAUCAUGACCUUUGACGUGGUCAUGAACUCCAAGAAGCCUGCCGGCAUCACCGAGACCAACCUGCUCGUCACAGACAUCUCGACACCGGAACAGCCAACGGGCUAUGUCAGCGAAGAGCUGUUGCAAGAUCCUAGCUUCACGGCUGAUCAGAGCAAGGUAUACCGAGUGUCGUGGGCAACGCAUGGCGGCUUUGUAGCUCGAGGGCUGCGCAGCGAGCGCUUCCACGAAGUCAUCGCGACGUCUGAUAUGGAGUGUGAGGUGAGGACCUGGGAAGUGAUGGGGGGUGUCCUUGCAUAUACUGUCAAAUGGUUGUACCACAGUACGCUACAGGACAAAUUCGCGCUGUGGACGAGCGAUCUCAAGAAACGGGCUGAGAGCAAGUAUGCGGAACAACACCCUACGGUGUAGCACGCUCUACUGUCCACAGGCGGGCAGGGAGGCUAGAUUCACAUAUGAUUUCACGGCUGCUCUUACCCGCACGCACACCGCUGCAGGAAAUUACUUCUUCUGCAAGCAAGAGCCAGUUAACUUCUGCACCGCAGUCACAAAGUCUAGACCACCGCAAUGGCCAGCAUGGAUACGAUGGACCCGUACUACAGCCUGCGUGCCUUGUGUCGAGGCAAUAAAUACCGACGUCGGAUGAUCUCUGUGAUUGUCUCGAUAUCAUUCAGCCUUUCUCUGUUUUCGCAAUAUAUCGAAGUCGAGCUCGCUCCGAAGUGUCUUAUGACUCCGUAUAUCGCGAGCUCCUCGCUGAAAUGUCACAAGAAGCUCCUGCCCAAACCACAAAGCAAGCUUCACAGGAACGCCUGGCGAGGAGAUUCGUCAAUUACGUACAUCGAGGUGGUCAAAGAUCCUCAUAUGUACUCGAGCGCGGAUCAAGCAACUACUAUGUCGAUCAAGGAAACUGAAGAACAGCAUCCCGAUAUGUACCAGAUAAUACACUUCACGAAACUACCUGACGCAUCAGAACAGUCCUCAACAAUAAGCUGUACCGUGAGGAAAUGCCAGUCCGGUACCAUAAGAUUCAUCGGGUAGCGAUUACGAGAAGUUGGAAAGAUGGGGAGAUUGUUGGGCUGCUGUAGCUGCUGUGCCACCAAAUUUCUCCUCAGACGACGUGGGCGGGGGGAGGAGUGGGGGAGUAAGGCUACUAGUUGUAGUACCUCCUACCUACCGUAAGAAAGAAAUUGGAGAGGGGUAAAGACAUUCAGUCGUGCGAGUGCUAUUGAGUACGUCUCGUUGUCUGCAGAUGUGUGUGAUGAGGUGGGAUAUUGGAAAUGGUUGAAGAUUACAUACAUCAGACCUACCUGGUAGGUAAAUAUU